CUCUCUCCCUCCCUCCCACCACACUGGGCGUUGCCAGCAGAAUAUAAAUGCUUGGAUAAACUUUCCCUUGUUCCCCUGCGCUCUUCUCUGAACUUCUACCCACUGUCACUGCGCAUUCGCGUCCUGCACACAUUACCGGAGCCAUGACUAAACUGGAGACCUCCAUGGAGUGCAUUAUUAAGGUUUUCCAUGACUAUGCCAGUGAAGACAAGGAUGGAAGGACCCUAAACAAGAAAGAGCUGAAAAAGCUGCUUGAAAAUGAGUUGCCCGUUUUUCUGAAAGCACAGAAAAACCCAAAUACAGUGGACUGCAUCAUGAAAGAUUUGGACCAAAACAAAGACGAUAAGAUUAACUUUGAAGAAUUCGUGGGGUUCGUCGCCGGCCUCUCAAAUGCCUGUGAGAAGUGUUACGAGCUCUCUCAAAAGAAGAGCAAGAAUUGAUAUGCAAAUACUAUGGGGAAUAUUGAUGCUGAGUUUUUUCUUGCAAGAUUCAUGAAUAAAACUACAUUUGACAAUGUUU